AAGCCUCUUCUUGACACUGAACAACAACUCAGCAAAUUGAAAGCAAAGCUGGACUCAGAGAGAAAGGAGGAUGGUGUACGUUUCUUCGGGAGGUCAAAUGGUUGACUCCCAGUCUCCAUGGAGACUAUCCAUUAUUCCAGAGAUAUUUUGGGGGAUCAUCAAUUUUAUUGUUCUAUGGAUUACUCUUUUUUUUCAGCCUUCAAUGACAAAGCACGGGAAUUCUUACACAUCAGACUACAGGUCAGGGGGACAAGGACCACCCCCACCCCCAAGGAGGAGAAUGGGAGGUUUUAGAGGAGGUGGAGGUGCCCCCAGUCCCCCACCAAUGGGAGGAGGAUGAGGAAGGUAGACAUCCAGAGGUCAUGUGACACAAAAUCACAUCUUGAUUGGCUCUCUGGAUAUCAUAUUUUCAACAGGCUUUAGUUUGUUUUGAGAAACACUACAGACAUCCAUAAUGUAUGAAAUGUUAAAGUAAAUGUAUGCUAGAUUUCAAACUUAUUGAGUAUUUGAUAUGCAUUUCUGUAUGUACACCUUGAACCAAUACCCAUAUCAAAUGUAUUAUGAUUAUUACAUAUAUUAAAUGUAAUGAGUCUGAAAUGUACGUUAUAAAGUUUCAUUUCCAAAUAGUAGAAAAUUUUUUCAAAAUAGGUAAAUGUUAACAAUAUCUUUAUGUUCAUGUUAAGGUUUAUUUUUACCAUAUACAUGCUUGUUCAUAUGUAUUUAUUUAUUAAAUAAUUUUAAGGCUUAACCAAGUAUAUAUACAUGUACAAGCAUGGAUGUAUUUUAUAUAUGAAGUUGACUUUCAUUGCUAACUAAAGCCAGCUCUGACUUUCAGGUAACAACAGACAAUGUUAAUGUCUGUACAUGACAAGUAAUCCACAAACUCAGUUUUUGAGUUGGAUAACUUUGAUUAAGAUUACUUGAAAGUCAGAGAAAACAAAUUUUAUUAUUUAUUCUCAUUUUCUUGUACAUAGUUUAAUCCAUAAUGCAUUAAAUGCCAAAAUCAUUAUGUAUAAAUCUGGGUAAUUUAUUUAUACAGCACAACUCAUGUUGUGUAAGGUGGUAUAUUGUCAUGAUACAUUUAAUGUUACCUGAUUUUCAUGCACUUUGUCAUUUUAUCAUACCCUUGAUGCAAUGUGAAUGUAUGUAAUCAUAUUUAUUCACAAGUCAACUACAUGUUUGUUUAAUUAUGUUCAUUUUGUACACAUUUUUGUUUGUAUUUUUAUGUUGUUUAUAAUUUGGUUUUAACUUUAAUCCAGCUGUUAAUACAUAUUGAUGAUAGUAAAGGAGGGUGUAUAUACGUUGUUUUACCUGCAAAUGUAUGUACAUACAUAAAGUAAGGUCAUCUUAUAUGUAUUUUUCACAUGUUAAUGAAAUUGCUUUAUUUUAUUGUGUUUGUCAUGUUUCUACAAUUACAUAAUGAAUAAUAAGAAUCUAUACUGAGAAUUAAUUUCUUAAUGACCAGAUGGAUAAAAGGGGACAUUUUCAAGAUGCAUAUUGUUAUUUUUCUUCAUUUUGUUUUAGAUGAGAUAAUUGAAAAGUAUUUUUAUACUAAGUAAAUAUGCACAUUUAGAUGAAUUUUUUUUGUAAAAUAGUUUACCCAGUUCAAAUGUUUAUUGGGAUUAAUGCUUUAUAAGUAUUCCACAACCAUACAUGUAGGUGCAGAUAUUUUAUGUUGAAAGAAUUUCCCCCUCUUAUGUUGGAAAAAAUGUAAUUCCUUUUUCUUGGAAACAGUAAAUUCAGAAAAUUUA